AUGCUGGUGCGAGGGCAGCAGUACAAGUAUCGGGGGCAUGUCGUUCACUUUCUUCGCGAAGUUGGCUUGGUGUACAACCAGCUCCCGCUUCUGCCGCGGGAGUUGAACACGGUGUUGCUGCGUCCUGCCAACACGUCAUCACACGCCAAUCUGAGCCGGCAAUUUACCCGUCAGUUCCGUGUGCGCCGCCAGGCGGUUAUGAUAUGGCUUGACUACCUCUGCCAUCAUCAUCCUGGAUAUCGAUGCAUCGUCAUCGACAACGAGCGACUGAGCCAACUGCCCGAGGACGGCAACGUGGUGGACGCCAUUCCCCAAAGCCAGGUGGAGGCUGCCGAUGUAGGACCGGAGGAGGAAGAUCAGGAGGCGGAGCCUGACCUAGAGGACGCGGCUGCGGUACCGGACCUGUUGGCCAAGGACACGGAGCUCGAUGCUCUGCGGUCUAUUCUCGUGGGCGAGCCAGAACCGGAGCUUAUUCAGGCGCUCGAACACAGCGAGGAUCCCGAGGCGCAGGCACUGAUCAACUCGAUCACAAGAAAGAGGCAGGACCUCGAGGCGUAUGCGUACAGCCUGGGCUGUCCUGGCGCAUUUAUCACAUUUAGCCCGGCCGAUUUGCACUGGCGGAGCCUCUACCAACACAUGCCCCGAUAUGGAGAAUGGCUGCGCGCGUCCGAGCCGGAAAGGAUGGCAUUGUCGCGGUACUUAUUGCGUCAGAACCCUCACAUUGCUGCUUUCCACUUCUACCGCCGAUACUGCUUCUUUCGAGAUAUCGUGUUGCGGAAAAAGUUCAACGUCACGGAUUACUGGGAUCGAUAUGAAUGGCAAGGCCGUGGCAGUCCGCACAACCACGGUCUGUAUUGGAUGCAGGAGGGCCCAGCCGCCGACAUGGAGGACGAAGCUGCUCGUGACAUGUUUGCACGCGUAUGGGGCUUCCACGUCACGGCCGUGAACCCGGAGCCCCGUAGGACUGUGCCUCAGGGGGAGGGCAAUCCGCUGAGCGUGGAUCCGCUGGGCGUGGAGAUGACAUUCCUGCGGCUCUCGCAAAUCGUCAACCACUGCCAGCGCCACAGAUGCAAUACCACGUACUGCUUGCGAGUCAGAAAGGGAAGCGGUGACCUCGCGAGGGACAUGGAAGGAGCUGCUGCCGACAUUGAGGCGGCCAACGUGGCGAAUCCGGAAAGGGAGUGUCGUUUUGACUUCCCCCGUGCCUUGAGAGAGCUGGCCGCGGUCAUCAGGAAGGAAGGCAGGUCGUACUACAUCUUCGAGGCGGCCCGCAACGACAGCCUCAUGAACCAUUUCAAUCCUGCCAUCAUUCUGGGAUGGUUGGCCAACAUUGACAUAUCUCCAUGCACCAGCUUGCAAGCAGUCAUUACCACACCACCAACCUCUGUUGUCAAGUCAUAUCUCAUCAACCUGCUCUCGGCGCACCUCCAGGCCGCCACACGCGGGAGAGUGACACCUGUCUGGCGUGCCGCACCGACGGGUGUCGCAGGGAACCAGAUAUCAGGCACUACUUUGCACUCGCUGCUUCACCUCCCGAUCAACAAGGACUUCAGGCCGCUCUCCGCCAUCGACAAGGCCCAGCUCCAGAAGAAGUUGAAGGAUAUUCAGUACCUAAUCAUUGCCGAGAAAAGUAUGCUGGGACUGCGUAUGCUAUCCUGGAUCGACGACCGUCUCCGUGAGGCAUUUCCGCAUCGGAACGAGGAGUUCUUUGGCGGACUCAAUAUCCUUUUGGUGGGCGACUUCUUCCAGCUUCCCCCUGUUCUACAGAAACCGCUGUACUACGACAAAGAGGUGCAGGGAGUGGAGAUCAAGGGAAGGAACGCUUAUAUGCGCUUCGAUAAGACCGUCUUCCUGAGCGUUGUUCAGCGGCAGUGCGGCGAUGAUCAGGCGGCCUUUCGCAAUGCUCUCGGAGAACUGCGGUUGCUCCUACUAUCCCACGAGUCCUGGAAACUUCUCUCCGGCCGCGUGCAGGCAAAGCUAGACGAUCAGGAGGUCGCCAGGUUCGCCAACGCCUUACGGGUAUAUGCCACGAAAGACCGGGUCAUCGCUACAAAUGUUGGCCCCGGCGCGGCUGCUGCUCCGGACGACAAGGCGGGCAACCUUGCGAAACAGGUCCCUUUGGCCUCUGCAACGGCGCUCGCGGCACAGUGCACGACAUUGGCUGGGCACCUGGCGCUGAUCCCAUCCGAGACCAACCGUGUGUAA